CGGUGGCUGCAGUCUGCCACCCGCACACUCCAGCUCAUGGGCGCCACAUUCGAGACGUGGGUGGGUCACCUCUCCACGCGCCUGCGUGGCGGCCCUUUCGAGGCCUGGGAGGAUUUCUAUGCCUACUCCCUUCGUGAGGGUCGAACUCCGACCUUCGUGGAUUUCCAGGCGUUCCUCGAGGAUCGCUUCGGAGCCCGAUACGACGUGACUGACGCCUUCGAGCGUGUCGUCACUACAUGCUGGUCCGGCUCUGGUGCCGCUGCUGGCUUGGAUCGCCACAUCCAGGUCUUUCAGGAUGCCCGCCUCGUUUGCGACGUGGCGUUCCUCCCCGAGGCUGCCCUUAUCGAUCGUUUCUUGGCCAGCCUUCCGCUCGAGUACCGCUCCGAGCUAUGGCGGUACGAGUUCACAUCGGCCCCGCAGGCUUACGAGGCCGCAAGGGACCACCAGCAGAUGCGAGCCCGUCUUCACCCCGCCUCCUCCUCCCAUCCCCAGCGCACGGGCUACGCCUCCUCCUCCUCUCACGGCACUUCCCAGCGCCGUUCCCCUUUCCGCGGUCGCCCCCGUCGUUCCACGCAGCAGGGCCGCCACUUCUCGCGCCGCUUCAGCGCGCUKGAGUAUGCCACGGUGCAGUGUACACCUGCGCCCUCCUCAGUAGUGGACUUUCCGACAUCUCCGUCGCGGUUCGCCCCUCUCGCUACUGGAGUUGAGGUAUCGCAGGACUCGACAGAGUGUACUCAGCCCUCUGUCGCAGUACCGUCUGCGCCUCCGCAGACCACCGUCUCCCCUCCUCCCCCGCCGCGACUACCGACGCGUCGAGCCAUUCGCUCAGCCCGUUGCAGCGAGCAGCUUGCUACUCGCGAGGACGUUGUGUCCUCUCUUCUGGACUUGAGCAUGCUCCAGGCUCGUCAGGAGCGACUCACCCUCCAUGUCGCUGCACUGCUUCGCCUUCUCGCCAUCCUCUCUGACCCUGAUUGCACCCUCCCGAUCAUCCCCGUACGACUCGGGACCUCCACGAGGGUGUACUCAGCGUUGUGGGAUUCCUGUUCUCGGGGCGACUUCAUUCACCCACGCGUGGUGAAGGAAGCCCGCUUACCCACGACAGGGUCUCCGACUCCCAUCUCCGUUACCCUAGGGGAUGACAAGACCCAGCGCUUCUUCGAUCAAACGGUCACCGACCUCCCCUUCUUCCUCACUCUCGAGCCGACUGAGCGUUCCCCGGCGUCUCGUCGCCACCGCUCCUCUACACAUUUCGAUGUGAUGGAGACGGGGUACGACUUCAUUCUCGGCACUCCGUGGUCUCGUCGGUUCCGCAGCACCGAGGCCGAUUGGGCGACCAACACUCUCGUUCUCAAAACGAAGUGUGGACAGACGUAUCGCGUACCUUUCAUAGGUACCACGGCGACACCACGCCUCGGUCCUCCUCCCCCGGAGCCUUCAGUGCCCACACCAUCUCCCUCUAUCACUGUCACCUCGCCUCGGCAGUUCGCUCACUUCAUUCGGCAGGACGACGUCACCUUCUUUAUGGUGGACGUGACGGAUCUCUUACACUAUGAUCCACCCUGUCCCGGCGCCGAGCUCAUCCCUCUGGAGCCAGAUCCUCCCUCUAUCUCCAUGGCUCCCAUCUCUAUUUCCGUCCCUCCGCCGUCCGUCGAAUCCACCCCGCCGUCGCGCGCUGACGCUGACGCUGAGGAACUCGCACGAUAUACGGCUGACUUGGAGCCCGCAGUUCGUGACCUCAUCCGAGAGUACCACGGCGUUUUCCCAUCGUCGUUCUCGUACGCCGGCAUCCCACCGAUGCGUGACGUCGAGCACUCCAUUCAGCUCGUGCCUGACUAUCGUGUUCACCACCAGGCACCCCACAGACUCUCGAUCCCCAAGGCCACCGAACUCAAGCGUCAGCUUGAGGAGCUCCUGAGACUGGGGUCGUUGGCAGUCCAUCUCGAUGGACUUUAUCGGUCCUCUUCGACCUCCGACCCCCGCGGUCAUGAUGCUAUCCUGGUCGUCGUCGACCGCUUCACGAAGCGUGCACGCUUUGUUUCGUGCCGCUAUGCCAUCAGUGCACGUGCGGUCGCCGACAUUGUAUUUGACCGAGUUGUGCGUGACCACGGCUUACCUCAAAGCAUCAUAUCUGACCGUGACCCGCGCUUUACCAGCCGAUUCUGGCGACGGCUCCACGAGGUGUACGGCACUCAGGUCCGCUUCCCCUCGUCUUACCAUCCUCAAACUGAUGUUCAGACCGAGAUCACGAACAAGACUCUCAGGGAUAUUCUCCGAAAGAUUGUUCGUGACGACCAGCAGUGGGAUCUCCAUCUUGCCCAUGCGGAGAUAGCCUACAACCACGCCGUCUCGCCAGCCACGGGGAUGUCGCCUUACUAUUGCGACCUCGGCUAUCACCCGCGUGUUCCCGCGGACUUCCGUCGACCAUCCCAGAUGCACCCCGACACGAGUUGUCCCGCGCUGGAUGAUUGGGUUGCACACAUGACGUCGAUUAUGAAGACCGCACAUGAGCACAUAGCCGCUUCCCAGACUCGCAUGGCAGCACGUGCGAACCGAUCGCGGAUGGAUCACCCAUUCAAGGUCGGUGAUAAUGUGCUUAUCGACGCCCUCCACUUACAGCUCGAAGCGCGCACGCUUCGCAAGUUUCAGCGUCGCAUCUUUGGCCCAUGCCGCAUCCUCCAGGCCGUCGGUUCUGAUACGGCAUCUAGCCCGGUCAGCUUUCGUGUGAAGCUGCCCGACUACCUACGCCAGGCUCGUGUGCAUGAUGUCUACCACGUCUCGUUACUGCGUCCUUACCGCAGACCGUCUGAGCGUUUCGCUGGACGACCAUAUGAGCGCCCUCCACCCAUCAUGGUGGACGGCCACGAGGAGUUCCUCGUUUCAGACAUCAUUGGUCGCCGAGUCACCGACGACAACCUUCCCCGCGUCGAGUAUCUCGUACGUUGGAAGGGUUACCCUGAUGAGGAGGCUACCUGGGAGCCCCUCGAGCACUUGCAGCACGCUCGCAUGUUGGUGCGUGCCUAUGACCGUGCUCGUCAUGCUGGGUUCACUGCUCCUCCUCAGCCCACUGACCCUCCUCCUUCUCCUCCGGCUUAGGAGACCGCUGAAGUCGAGCCUGCUCCAUCUGAGGCAGACCUUCAGCAGCAGCCGGAUGCCUCUGAGCGUC